AUGUCCGAGUUGGUAUCGUACCAUUCACCCUGGAGUCGGUUGUUUCUGGCUGCUCGGCUCCUAUUGGUUGUCGAAGUUGUCCUCCUCUGUGCUGGCGGAAUCGUGAAAGGUUCCAGUACAGCCCACGCCAAAGUGGGAGAAGACCUGAUUAAAGCGGGUUACGUGGUACUUGCUUGCAGUCUAUCAACUCUUGUCUUCUUGGGAUACAUUGUAUGGCGAGAGGGGCCCGCCCGAAUGGUGGGAGGAAGAAAGUACAUGGUGGCGGUGACCAUUGCAACUCCCCUCUUGACGAUUCGUCUGGUCUACGGUUUCCUAGCCGUCUUUAACCCUACCUCGUCCACGUGGGCCGGCGUCGAAGGCAGCCUUGCCGCCUACACUCUCAUGUCGCUCUUACCCGAAUACAUCUCAGCUGUUCUGCUGAUUGGGGCGGGGCGGCUUGCCUUACGGGAUGUCAGGGCCGAAAAAAGAUCGGGUCGAUCUGUGCGUCUCCAUGAGAGGGCGCCUGCCGGACCUUAA